AUGGCCUUGGUCCUGCAGCUGCUGCCUCUGUUGCUCUCAAAGGUCCAGGGGAAUCCUGAGGUUUCUCUGAAGGGCAACCCUGGGGACCGGGUGAAUCUCUCCUGCAUAGGGGUCUCCGACCCCACCCGCUGGGCUUGGGCGCCUAGUUUCCCAGCAUGUAAGGGCCUGUCCAAAGGGCGCCGUCCGAUCUUGUGGGCCUCGACGACAGGGACCCCAACUGUGCUCCAGCACUUCUCCGGCCGCCUGCGUUCCCUAGACACAGGUAUCAAGCGGCUGGAGCUGCUGCUGAGCGCCGGGGAUUCUGGCACCUUUUUCUGCAAAGGACGCCAAGAGAAUGAGAGUCGCACAGUGCUUCAAGUGUUAGGGGACAAGGCAGGUUGCCGGCCUUCGGGAUCUACCCAUGGGUCCGAGUAUCCCAAGGUCCUGAUUCCACUGCUGGGCGUUGGGCUUGUGCUGGGACUGGGAGCCACGAGCUUGGUCUGGUGGCGGCGCAGACGCUCGCCCCCGCCCCCACCCCCGCCCCGGCCUGGACCACUACCCACAUUUGCUCCAGUCAUAAAUGCUGAGCCACAGAAGCCUUUAGAACAGGAGUCCAAGAUCUCAGGCCACCUGGACCAGGAGCCGAGCCUCCACUAUGCUGAUCUGGACUACUCUGUCCUUGGGAGGCACCGCCGGAUGUCCACAAUGGUUCCUGGUGAUGCCUCCACUGUCUAUGCGGUUGUAGUAUAA